GCGGCCCGGUCACAAGAUGGCCGCUGCUUCGCCGGCGCUUUCCGUGCCGGACCUAGGAGCUGGUGCUGUUCCCUUUCCUCCAACCCAACGGCUUACUUUGAAGGAAGUGUUUGAGAAUGGGAAACCUAAAAUUGAUGUUUUGAAAAACCAUUUGGUGAAAGAAGGGCGACUGGAAGAGGAAGUAGCCUUAAAGAUAAUCAAUGAUGGGGCUGCCAUCCUGAGACAAGAGAAGACCAUGAUAGAAGUAGAUGCUCCAAUCACGGUGUGUGGUGACAUUCAUGGACAGUUCUUUGACCUGAUGAAGUUGUUUGAAGUUGGAGGAUCACCUAGUAACACACGCUACCUCUUUCUGGGUGACUAUGUGGACAGAGGCUAUUUCAGUAUAGAGUGUGUGCUGUUUUUAUGGAGUUUAAAGAUUAAUCAUCCCAAAACAGUGUUUCUGCUUCGAGGAAAUCAUGAAUGCAGGCAUCUUACAGAAUACUUCACCUUCAAACAGGAAUGUCGAAUCAAAUAUUCUGAACAGGUGUAUGAUGCGUGUAUGGAGACAUUUGACUGUCUUCCUCUUGCUGCCCUCUUAAACCAGCAGUUUCUGUGUGUACAUGGAGGGAUGUCACCUGAAAUUACUAGUUUAGAUGACAUUAAGAAAUUAGAUCGGUUUAAAGAACCUCCAGCCUUUGGGCCAGUGUGUGACCUGCUUUGGUCUGAUCCUUCAGAGGAUUAUGGCAAUGAAAAGACCUUGGAGCACUAUACCCACAACACUGUCCGAGGGUGCUCUUAUUUUUACAGUUACCCUGCAGUCUGUGAAUUUUUGCAGAACAAUAAUUUGUUAUCAAUAAUCAGAGCUCAUGAAGCCCAGGAUGCUGGGUAUCGAAUGUACAGGAAGAGCCAAACAACAGGCUUUCCAUCACUCAUUACAAUUUUCUCUGCCCCCAAUUACCUAGAUGUCUAUAAUAAUAAAGCUGCUGUGCUAAAAUACGAAAACAAUGUCAUGAAUAUCAGGCAGUUUAACUGUUCUCCACACCCCUACUGGCUUCCAAACUUUAUGGACGUUUUCACAUGGUCUUUGCCAUUUGUUGGGGAAAAAGUCACAGAGAUGCUGGUUAACAUUCUCAACAUAUGCUCUGAUGAUGAAUUGAUUUCCGAUGAUGAAAUUGAAGAUCACUACAUUUCAAGCUAUCGGAAAGGAGGCACUACAGUUCGAAAGGAAAUCAUCAAGAAUAAAAUCAGAGCCAUUGGGAAGAUGGCACGGGUCUUUUCAAUUCUGCGGGAAGAGAGUGAGAGUGUGCUGACUCUCAAGGGCCUGACUCCAACAGGGACACUCCCUCUAGGUGUCCUCUCAGGAGGAAAACAGACUAUUGAGACAGCCACAGUAGAAGCGGUAGAGGCCCGGGAAGCCAUCAGAGGGUUUUCGCUUCAGCACAGGAUCCGGAGUUUUGAAGAAGCCCGAGGUCUGGACCGAAUUAACGAACGGAUGCCACCCCGAAAAGACAGCCAGUACCCCGAUGGGCCAGUGAAAUUGGUUGCCCCUCCACAACCCAACGCUGCGCACAGGAGCGACAGGGGGAGAAGAGCCAGUAAUGACGCAGAGCCCUGCUGUGGCACAGGGUGCCAUUGAAGAAGAUUGCUCCGAUUUCAGUGGCUAAAACUUUUCUUCUGGAAAACUUGAUUAGUGUAGAACUUCUAAAUGAAUAAUCCAAACCUGGAGAUUUGAGGGCCAAGGAGAAUGUUUUCCAUAUAACCUACUUUUGGACUCUCAGUUCUCUCUAAAUACAUUCUAGUAAGAUAAAAUAAAAAGCAGUGAGGGAUUUUCUUAGAAUUACUCAAAAUUUCUUCUUCCAAACAAGGGCAUGAUUGAUUUAAACUUCCCUUAGAACUUUGGAGGUUUCUCAACUGUUCCCAGAACCUUUUGCUUUCAUUUUUGAAGCCCAAAACUGCAAGGGAAGGUGAUUUACCCAACUGCAAGGGAAGCUACAUUUCUAAAUAUUUUAUAAAUGCCCUCCAUAGAGCUUUCAACAGUAAGAAGUAUUUAUGUCCUUCUGUGUGACUGCAUCAGCUAUUGUGUGUGUUCUCCCCUUUGUCCUUCUGUUUUUCUGCGUCAGUGUUUUAAAAACCAACUGGGGUAAUGGAAACUGACUAGGGUAGAAUGAUUCUCUUAUGAAUUGGAAGUCUUGCUAAAGGGCAUUGGAUGAUGAGGAUUUCCUAUUUUCUGUAUCAAUUACUGGGAUGUUUCUCCAUCUUUAAACACUCAUUAGGCUGAACUGUAUGUCAGUCUUCGUCAGCAUAUUUUGGAACACGAAAACAAGUGUUCAGAUACAGCGUUUGAAUAGUCUUCUCUUAGUUUUUCAAGUAACAACGAGUGAGGGAAAGAAAUUUCGGUGAUCCUUGGGCUCCUGUUUUUGGUUUAGUCUGGUGACAGGUGCCAUGUCAUAAUACUCAUUGGUCAACUUUGUAGUGAAUGUGCAUGUCUGGGCAAUACUACACCAAAGUGCUUAUUUACGGAAUUCUUAAUAUCAUUUGGGAUGUAGGAGUCCAGCAUUGAAGCAAGUAUCUCUUGACAGUACUACUUUAUGUUGUAAGCUUUAAGGACACCAGAAACCUUUUUCAAAAAAAACAAGAAACCCCCAAUACCCCACAUAAUUUUACUAGAAGAAUGAGGAUUUAGCCCAUCUAUCUCUGUUUUCCUAUACCUUUUGCUAACAGUUCCCAAUUUAUGACAGAGAUCAAAGCAUUUUGGGGCUUGGAAUCUGGUGGCAUGGAUUGCUUUGUCAAUAAAAACGAUAGGAAGAAUAUGGGGGAAGGAGAUAAAAGACCUCUUACUGGGUUAUGAGUAAAACCUAUGAAAGGAGGGAAACAAAAGUCUUGAGUAGUUAUCUUUACCGAUCACUUUUUUAUACUCAGAGAGGGAAUUCUUCACCCGGAUGGCCUCACACUCCUCCCUCCCCCAGUCCCUCUCAAGAAAGGACCACUGUUUUGGAAAUCUCACCUAAAAUGAAGAUCAGUCGACAUGACAGAUUUGAUGGAUGAGUCUCCAUCUCUUUCUCCUUUUCUCCUAUCUGAGGCUGUUAUACAUACAUAAUCAGCAGGUAGAAACCACUCUUAAGGGCUUCAAUCAUCAGGCAAGUAGUGAAAUAGUUACUGAAGAUCUUUACAAGCAAAAAAUGCUGUUCUAGUAAAAAGGAUUAUUAUUUAGGAAUGUCUUAAUUAUCUUUUCAAAAACAAGUUAUACAGUAAAGCAAGUUUCCUUGACAGAGGCAUGGCAAAAGACCUAUAAAUACAGAGAAGAAACUGAGGGUUGCCACGGUGGAGAGGGGAUGGGCAAAAUGGGUGAAGGCGAGAGGGAGAUCCUGGCCUCCAGUUAUGAAUGAGUAAGUUGUGAGUAUAAAAGGCACAGUGUAAGAAAUACAGUCAGUGAUACCAUAGUAGGGAUGUAAGGGGACAGAUGGUAGCUACACUUGUGGUAAACAUAGCAUGAUGUAUAAACUUGUCAAAUCACUUAGUUGUACAUCUGAAAUGUAACGUGUGUCAAAUAAAAAAAAAAAAAAAAAAAAAAGGAUAUUUUAUAGUUACUCUGUGAGCUGUGGGGGGAUCAGCCAGAGAGGUAAGAAGUCAUGAUUCAAGAAAAUCAGAAUGAGUUUACAAUAAAGCAACAAGGAAGUUAGGUUUGAAAAUUCAAAUUCUGUUGAAUUCUGAAGGUAUAGCUAUUUCUUAUGUUCUAUAGAAAGUUGGGGUGUGUGUUUCAGUAGUUUAGAAAGUUGUGUAUAAAUGUGUCUCCAUGUGAUACAGGUAGCUUCUGAAAGUGAGACCGUCAAUCUAUACUGUCAUCUGUAUUUGCACCUAUGACUCAAGACGAUUUAGAAGGCAUGAGCCUUGGGGAUAUAUACGUAUGUAUAUAUGUAUAUGUAUAUAUAUAUGGAUGUAUCCAUAUAUGAAUAUACGUAUUGUGAUAACAGUACUUGUUCUUCACUUUAGACUUCAUUAGAGGGUUUUUAACAUGUUUUCGAAUGUUUUAAUCUAAGCAGUAGCUCCCCGGAUGGCUGGUUUCCUGUUCCAGGUUUGCCUAAGGCCAUCAUUUCAAAUACUUUAAUUGCUGUCAGAGCUCUGCAAUAUCCCCAUUUUCAAAGCCUCUUCUGUAUUAUUAAAUCUUCCCCCUGCAUGUUUUAAAGAUACUAAAAAUACUUUUAUCUUGUUCUCCUUCACUUUAAGGUCCAUAGGGACCUUAUUUUCUUCAACUCCUCUCAUCUGGGGGGAGAAAAACACUUCUUACAUCAGUUUCCCAGACAUGUUGGAGGACCCUUUUGUAUACUUUACUGAAAUAUCACUUAAAAAAAUGACACUUCCCAAGAACCAGUUUUUCUAAUUUUGUUUUACAUCAAAUUGAUCAGAUGACUUUUUUUAAGUAAAAAUUUGAAAACUCAUUAACACAAGCUUAAAACAUACAUCCUUUUUAAAUCUGUGUGUCCUGAAUAUUUAGAGCAAAAACAACCCAAGAAGCCAAGGGUGUGUGUGUGUGUUUAAUGGAAUGCUAAAUAAAAGCAGCCUCAGUUUUCUUUAAAACCUCAAGGCAAACACUUGGUUAUGGGACAGGCAAUUGCUGAUUUGUUGGCGUUUUGUGACUGGAUACUGACUGGCAAAGGGAAAAUUGCGUAUCACUCUCUGAUGGGCUUGAUCUGGCCCCUGGUCUAGGGAUAGGAGAAUCAGACUUUCCACGAAUACCAGUAUUUCUCAUAUCCUUCAAUCUAUAUUUACAUUGCCUUUUCUGCUCCUACACAGAUGGUUGUGGUUCAGUGAAGCAAGUUCCUGUCAAUAGCAGAGAUUUGGUUUCUUCUCCUAAUAACUUAGAUGUGACUUCCUGACACUGUUCAAAAUAGGAAAAGAAAAAUCCUUUUGUUUGUUUUGCCAACAGAAUAUUAUUAUUUAGGGGCGCCUGGGUGGCUCAGUCGUUAAGCGUCUGCCUUCGGCUCAGGGCGUGAUCCCGGCAUUCU